AUGAGUCUUACGAGUUUAUCUGAUCAUGAAGAUUUUACAAAAAAGGUCAUACAACCGAUAUCAAGAUUCAGAGCUUUUGUUUGUACGGCGAUUGCUAACCUGACUUGGCUGCAAGAUGAUGCUUAUGUACUCGCUCCUUUAGAUUUGUUUGAAUCAAUACGCAAGGAAAAUCUUCUUACAUCUUAUAAAUUACCUCACAUAUCUGUUUUUCAAAAAUUAAUGUUGUUCAAACAACCUGAUGAGAGAACAGAACUUGAAUUACAAACAAUCGAAUGGAUGUUCGAAAUAGGAUUUAAAUGUUUUCAGCUUUGUCCAACUGAUAUUAAAACGGCUCUAAUGAGAAGGGCAACGUAUAAAUGUUAUGGCCCUGGUAGAUGGAUACUGAAACAGGGACAUUUAUCGACGAACAUGUAUUUAAUUGUCAAAGGACAAGUGAUGAUUACUGAAGAUGUACAAAACCCUGUUACUAAACUUAUGGAGAACACUGAACGUUGCAAAUUGAAGGAAAAACAUUCUUUUGGCGAAAGUGCUGUUAUGUUUAACACACUUAGAACCAAUUCUGUUCAAUCAUUAAGUGCGGUGGAAUUGAUUAGCAUUUCGAAAAAUGAUUUCACGGACAUUAUCAAAGAUAAUCUGCAACUUAAGUGGAAUGAAAAAUAA